UGGCUCUAAGCGUGGGGGGGCGGUGCAGCCGGUCGCUGGAGGAAGGCGGUGGUGUCGGAAAAGGUUCCGGCGGUUGAUGGCGUCUUAGGCUCGGAAACCUCUCUAAGGUUCCUCGUCUGUCCGGAAGCCCCUCACAGGAGUCACAAUGACAUCCUUUCAAGAAGUCCCGCAGACUUCCAACUUUGCGCAUGUCAUCUUUCAAAAUGUGGCCAAGAGUUAUCUUCCUAAUGCACACCUGGAGUGUCAUUACACCUUAACUCCAUAUAUCCAUCCACAUCCAAAAGAUUGGGUUGGUAUAUUCAAGGUUGGAUGGAGUACUGCUCGUGAUUAUUACACAUUUUUAUGGUCUCCUAUGCCUGAACAUUAUGUAGAAGGAUCAACAGUCAAUUGUGUAUUAGCAUUUCAAGGAUAUUACCUUCCAAAUGAUGAUGGAGAAUUUUAUCAGUUCUGCUAUGUUACCCAUAAGGGUGAAAUUCGUGGAGCAAGUACGCCUUUCCAGUUUCGAGCUUCUUCUCCAGUUGAGGAGCUGCUUACUAUGGAAGAUGAAGGAAAUUCUGAUAUGUUGGUGGUGACCACAAAAGCUGGCCUUCUUGAGUUGAAAAUUGAGAAAACGAUGAAAGAGAAAGAAGAAUUGUUAAAGUUAAUUGCAGUUCUGGAAAAAGAAACAACACAACUUCGAGAACAAGUUGAAAGAAUGGAAAGAGAACUUAACCAUGAAAAAGAAAGAUGUGACCAACUGCAAGCAGAGAAAAUGGGUCUUAUUGAAGAAUCAGAAACUUUAAAAAUGGAAAGUGAAGACUUUAAGAGGAAAUACAAUUACGCUACAUCCAAAGCUCUCAGACUUGAGGGAGAUAUUGUCUCGGUGACAAAUAAAGCAAUUGAAAAGGAAACUGAACUGGACAGUUUAAGGGACAAACUUAGGAAGGUGCAAUAUGAAAGAGAACAACUUGAAUAUCAGUUGAAGACAGAAAAGGACGAGAAGGAACUUUAUAAGGUCCAUUUGAAGAACAGAGAAAUAGAAAACACCAAGCUUAUGUCUGAGGUCCAAACUUUAAAGAAUUUAGAUGGGAACAAAGAAAACAUGAUUACUCAUUUCAAAGAAGAGAUUGGCAGACUGCAGUUCUGUUUGGCUGAGAAAGAUAGUCUGCAAAGGGCUUUCUUGCUUACAACCUCAAGUAAGGAAGAUACACUUUUUUUAAAGGAGCAGCUUCGUAAAGCAGAGGAACAGGUUCAGGCAACUCGGCAAGAAGUUGUCUUUCUGACUAAAGAACUUAGUGAUGCUGUAAAUGUGCGAGAUAAAACCAUGGCAGAUCUGCAUACUGCUCGCCUGGAAAAUGAGAAAGUCAGAAAGCAGUUAGCUGAUGCGGUGGCAGAGCUUAAAAUGAGUGCUGUGAAAAAAGACCAGGAAAAGACUGAUACACUGGAACACGAACUGAGAAGAGAAGUUGAAGAUCUGAAACUUCGUCUUCAGAUGGCAGCAGAUCAUUAUAAAGAAAAAUUCAAGGAAUGCCAGAGGCUCCAAAAACAAAUAAAUAGACUUUCAGACCAGUCAGCCAAUAACAAUAACGUCUUCACAAAGAAAACUGGGAAUCAGAAAGUGAAUGAUGCCUCGAUAAACACAGACCCAGCUACCAUUGCCUCUGCUACAGGUAUAAAGCCACCACCGUCUGCAGCUGAGAAAGACUUUGACAUUGUAACGAAGGGGCAAGUCUGUGAAAUGACCAAAGAAAUUGCUGACAAAACAGAAAAGUAUAAUAAAUGUAAACAACUCUUACAGGAUGAGAAAACAAAAUGCAGUAAAUAUGCUGAUGAACUUGCAAAAAUGGAGCUGAAAUGGAAAGAACAAGUAAAAAUUGCUGAAAAUAUAAAACUAGAACUAGCUGAAGUAGAGGACAAUUACAGACUCCAGUUGGCAGAGAAAGAGAAAGAAAUAAAUGGUCUAACUUUACAUUUGGAAAACCUCUUCAGGGAGAAGGAACUUAAAAGGAGUCUAGAAAAUCAAGCCGAAGGGAACACGGAAGGUCAGAAUUCCCAGAGUCCUCAGCAGAUCUCACAGUGUCUCAACACAUGCUCAGAGCAAAAUGGUCAUGUUCCCGAAGUACCAGAUACACAACCAGUUCUGCAAUAUGGUAAUCCUUAUGCAACACAGGAAACAAGAGAUGGAGCAGAUGGUGCUUUUUACCCAGAUGAAAUCCAAAGGCCCCCUGUGAGAGUUCCGUGUUGGGACCUGGAAGAUAAUGUUGUCUGCAGUCAGCCUGCUCGGAACCUGAGUCGGCCUGAUGGUUUAGAAGACCCUGAGGAUAGUAAAGAAGAUGAGAAUGUGUCCGCUGCUCCAGAUCCUGCCAGUCAGCAUGUACAUGGGCAUGGAGCAGGCUUUUGCUUUGAUUCCAGCUUUGAUGUUCACAAGAAAUGUCCCCUCUGUGAAUUAAUGUUCCCUCCCAACUAUGAUCAAAUCAAAUUUGAAGAGCACGUUGAAAGUCACUGGAAGGUGUGCCCAGUGUGCAGCGAGCAGUUCCCACCUGACUACGACCAGCAGGGGUUUGAAAGGCACGUGCACACCCAUUUUGACCAGAAUGUUUUAAAUUUUGACUAGUUACUUUUUACUGUGAGUUAAUAAUCCAGGUUACGAGCUUAACAAAAUCAUCUCAGACCACUGAGGAGGCCACAGGGAAUCACUUUUGUGCGCCUGUGACUGCAUUUUCUGACUGAGAGCUACUCUGAGUUUGGUGUUACUAGGGUCAGGGUCAACUUUUGGCUUAUCUAUAAAUACAGUUUUAACCUCUUUUAAUCUUACCUGCUUAAGAAAAGAAGUUCUUGAUUAUUUGUAUCUUUAUUUAUUCCCUAGUUUGCAAAAUUAUAUGACUAAAGGAAACAAGGAUUACGUUAAUGUUACUGCACUGAAAACAUGUAUGUAUAAUGUGCUAUUUAGACUAUUUACAAGUUUCUGUUGACCUUGUUGAUUGAGCAUGACUACUAGAUACUAUGUAACAAAAAGAAUUUAUCAUAAUAGUCUUGCAAAGUAAAUCUUUGAAUACAGAAACUUGCAUAAUUUAGCCCAUUAGAUGAUUGUGUUUAACCCUCUUUAGAAAUGGAGGUGUACGUAGAAUGAGAUCACAUGUUUGCAGUAUAGCAAAUACCCUUUUUCAUUUGAAAUGUUUGCUUUAGGAAUUCAUGGAAGUCAUAUUUUGCUAAUCUUAUGACUAAAGAAUUUUAGAGUAACUUGAAUUACUAAAUUUAAGCCAUCUUAAAGUUGUAUUUCUAAUGGGAAAAUGGAAGAAGAUAUGUGUGUACAAUCAUUUUAUAUUAAAUGAUCUCAACAGUGGUAUUUGUGGCAUAAAGUCACAGAAAGUGUAUCUGUAUCUUUUUCACAUUUUCCUGAUGAGAGUAUAACUGAAAUACCAUUGUUAGUGAUUAAAAAUGUAAUACAUAAACCAAAAUUAAUGUGUUUUAAGUUAUGUCUCUGCUUUGUAUAGUAUUCUCAUUAACAUUAAAGGGCACAUUUUUGGAGGUAAUUCCAUUGUCAAAUUUAUUUGCGAUAGUUUUUCAUUAAGUCUAGCAUCUUGAAUGUUUUUUUUAUUUGUGCCUUUCAUCUGAACUGUAUUCCUUUGUUUUAUAAUAUGAAUGUUAAGAAUUUAAAGUUCUGACUUUUUGGUUCUGCUGCUUUUGUAGUUAUGAAAAUAUUUAAUCUUGUCCUAAUAAGCAAAUUAUUGGGUUGUCGGAAAAGUCAUGACGUAUUUUUUCAGUUUCAUUGCAAAAAUGUGUCAUGACUUUUCCGACAACUCAAUAGCUAUUUAAGAUGUUAAGCUAAUACUCAGCUUGGUGGCAUUUUGGGUGCUGUAUAUGUACUGCAUUAUACAUCAUGUUGCUUGUAUUUUUUUCUUGGAGCACAACUUGUAUAUUGUUGGAAUCCUUUAAGAAGGUUUCUGAGUCAGGCCGUCAGAUGCCAGAUGUUAGGACGUGGCAGGCCUGGGGCAGUAGUGUUGAAGACGCCAUGUUUGAGUUUUCUAGUAAGCAGAAUGUAUUCAAGUAAAAUACAUACAGUGACAGGAGCGUUUUUGUUGCAUUAAUAAUUAUGGACCAUGCUCUCUGAAAAACCUUCGAAUAUUAUAGUCCACUACUACCAGUGAAAUAAUUGUUCACCUUACUGGUCUAAAUAGUUUUUGGCCCCAAGCUUAUAAUUAUUUUUCUUUAAUCUUAAGUAUUUUGGUGUUUUUCAGUUAUCUUUUUGUAAUGAUUUUAAAAUAGGUUUAAUCCCGUUGAGAACAUGCUUUGUAUGAUUUUUAUUCUUAGGAAGUGGGUGUUCUGUGUGAGCUCACACAUUAUGUAUUUGCUGUUGUUGGAUGCAGAUUAGUGAUUCUCUAACUGCUGUAUCCGUACGUUACUGAUAGAGGGUGCUGACAGCUCCAAGUAAAGUAGUGGAUUUAUUUCUCCUCACAGUUCUAUCACUUUGCCUCCCAUAUUUUGAUGUCCUGUUGUUAGGCAAAAAUUAUUAAGGAUUGAAAAGCAGUGCAUUCUAAUCUAAGCAAAAAAAUAAAUAUUGUUUUCAUGUGUCAGCUGAA